AUGCAUAUCCAGUCGAUUCCUAUGUGGGAGGGGAGCCACAACAAUUACGCCUACUUGGUGGUCGAUGACAAAUCCAAGGACGCUGUCAUUAUCGACCCUGCCAACCCUCCGGAAGUUGCUCCGGUUCUGAAGGAUGCUAUUCAGGCGGGCAAGAUUAACCUGACGGCCAUCGUCAACACCCAUCACCAUUGGGACCAUGCGGGAGGUAACAAGAAGCUGCUGGACAUUAUCGGAGGUAAGGACUGCGAGGGUGUCACCAAGACGCCUGGCCAUGGCGAGACCUUUAAGCUGGGUGACAUCACCGUGAAGGGAGUUCACACGCCUUGUCACACCCAGGACAGCAUUUGUUUCUUCAUGGAGGACGGCAAUGAAAAGGCUGUUUUCACAGGAGACACUCUUUUCAUCGGCGGCAAGUUCUCGCAUUCUCUAUUCUUCGAGGGCUCUGCGGCAGAGAUGCAUGAGGCCCUGAACAAGCGCCUCGCCGCUCUGCCAGAUGACACCUUGGUUUAUCCUGGACACGAGUACACAAAGUCCAACGUCAAGUUUGCGGCUUCUGUAUCGCAGCGAGAUGCUGUGCAGAAGCUCCACUCGUAUGCCGAGAACAACAAGGUGACGACUGGAAAGUUUACCAUUGGAGAUGAAAAGGAGCAUAAUGUGUUUAUGAGAGUUGAGGAUCCCGAAAUUCACAAGGUGACGGGCGAGACUGAGCCCGUGGCUGUCAUGACAAAGUUGCGAGAGAUGAAGAACAACUUUAAGUCUCAGCCUCCGAAGCGCAAAGCAGCCGCCAGCGGUGGUGCCGCGCCCAAGCCCCGACAGUCCAAGCUCGCAAAGGAGCACAACGUCACCCCGCAGGAGGAGGGCGAGAUCCGUGAGGCGUUUAGCCUCUUUGCAGAGCCCAUGGAUGGGGAGAAGCAUGGUGUUUUACCCAUUGACGAUGUCAAGUCUGCGCUGAUAGCACUCGGUGUGCCGGCCUCAUCUCCCGAAGAACUCAAGGAGUUCAUCUCCAUCCUCGACCCUGAAUCCGACGGCUACGCGACCUUUGAACCCUUCUUCGCCAUCUGCGCGCUCAAAUUCCACACCCGAGAACACAACUCUGAUGCUCACCGCGAGGAGGUGGAAGAGGCGUUCCGGCUCUUCACAAACGGACAGGACGGACCGAUCACGCUUGCGCACCUCCGGCGUGUCGCCGCGGUCCUCAAGGAGGAUGUCGACGAGGAAUUGCUCAAGGAUAUGAUUCUAGAGGCAAAUGGCGGCGUGGGCGUUGCCAGGGGAGUGGGAGUCGACGAGUUUGACGGAGUCAUGAAGAGCGCCGGAGUCUGGAGGUGA